AUGGUGUCUCUCGCCGACUUGCUUCCUCCUGCGAAGGGCAUUCUGCCCUACUACAUGCUCUUCCUCUCCCUCCUAGCCAUUGGCAACUCGGCCCAGAACUAUCUGACCCUCCACUACUCGCGCCGCGUCUACAAUGGCAAAUUUGUCAAGAACUCCGCCCUUCCUCCUCGCUCCGAAAAAUACAACCCCGAGGACUCGGUGAAGAAGUUCGUUCCCGCACCAGCCGGCGCAAAGGAGUCGGAGACCCUGGACCAGGGCACGCCGCUCGCCGCCCGCUGCUUCGGCACCUGGACUCUGUUGACGAGUGUCGUCCGUCUGUACUGCGCCUACCACCUGCACUACGCGCACAUGUACGAUCUCGCCAUCUGGACAUAUGUUAUCGCGCUGGGCCACUUUGCGAGCGAGCUGUUCGUCUUCAAGAGCAUGACUUUUGGCGUUCCUCAGGCGUUCCCUUUCACGCUGGCCACUGUUGCCCUGAUCUGGAUGCCCCAGGUUCGCAGCUUCUACGUCGAGGCUCCUUGA